AUGAUGACAGAAACGACAACUAUCCGGAUUAUUACCCCGGAUGAGUUGACGUCCAUUCCACUUGAUGUCCGAGCCUCGCUUAGCUCAUGGAAUACCUCCCCCGAACCAGAACCUACCAGCCCGCGGCAGACUUCACCCCACAUAGCCCGGCACCGAAGUGGCACCGGAUCUCAAGCUCCAUCUCCUCCAGAUUUCGCUCGCCGUCUUUCCAACUUGAAUCAAAGCAUCAACGCUCUGCAGCGGGAACUUAGACGAGGAGGAAGGCCACGGCGGGCGGCACUUAGAGGCCCUGUUUUCUCCGAGCGUACUCCUGCUGUCGAUAUUCAAGGAAGGGAAACCCAGCUGCCAGAUCCAAUUCUGCUUACACCGACUACGCUAGGCGUCUCCGGUGAUGAGGAUUGCACUACCAGAAUAGGGGUACCUGCACCCACAGUGGAAGAGACCUGGAUGUACAGACUCCAUGAUCGGCCGGGGUUUUGCGACUGUCCUGGAUGCCGGCAUGUAUGGGGUAAUGAGGACGGGGUUGACCGCUGGCUCAGGUAA